AACUGCACUAAUUUGACUAGUUGAACAUUGUGCCGCAGUCGUCAUCGUGUCACUGGCUGUAAACAGCGGUCAUUACAGCAGAGCUCGUACAGACAGAAAGUACCUGCUUUCUUCUAUUUCAUAGCGAAGUUCUGGCAUGGAGACUGAUGAGCUCCCGUUCGUGGAUCUGACGCCGAUGUCCCAGCUGCUUGUGUGCCCAGAAUGUGACAACCUCUUGGUGCAACCGACGUCGGUCUGCGUGUCGGGCCACACUUUCUGCACUGCCUGCCGCCUCGAGCUUGACAAGUGUUCCACCUGUGACGGGACGUUUCUGGAACACGCCAGGAACAUCCUCAUUGAGCAGAUAUGCAAACUCAUUGGCAACAUGUGUCCAUAUUCUGCAAGCGGUUGCAAGUACACACUGACAGCCACAUUACUGCCUGUGCACGUUUCAAGAUGCGUCUACAGAAAGUUGGAGUGCCCGCUUAACAAAAUUCCUGCAUGUAGUUGUUCAUGGUCUAGUGUUGUUAAGAACCUUGUUCCUCAUGUGAUGAAAUGUCAUGAAGACAAAGUAUCGGAAAGGAAUUAUAUCAUGAGCACUGCUUUACAGAGCGAUGUGAAAAUUAUUAUUCAUAAAGGCGAGGUGUUUCUUUAUUACAAAUACCACGAUGGCGAUGAGUGGUUUGCAAUUAUACAAAGAGCAGGUUGCACUGAGCUGAAGUUCAGGAGUGUUUUUAUAAUAAGGUCAUCACAAAACAAGAUUGAAAGUGUCAACAUGACAUUCCCUGUUACGAGCAUUGAAGAAAGCAUGGAUGAUGUCUUCGAACAAGGGCGUAGUAUGAUUCUGGAUGACACUGUAGUUGAUAAGUUUACUGUGGGUGACGAAAUUUGCAUGAUGGUCGCUGUUGAAGAGGUCGAAUAGUUUCUUUUCUGAUGUUGGCAGCCACAAUUUUGCUCCGUAAUUUUGAAAUUUUCAAGAGGGGGGGGGUCCAUAAGUGUGGAGGGUUAUGGGUUGUCGGUGUUGUAUCGGAUAAAAGCGUAGAAUCUCAACUUCAUGUGGGAAUUCUGCUUUCACUUCAUUUUGCAGAAUUUUCUUUGAGCCACUGUGGACUUUCUCCUCUUACGUGUGUUUUUUAUAAAUAUUUCUCUUGAUCGUUUGCUUUUAUUGUGCAAUACGCAUUUCGUAAUAAAACUUGUAUUAUAUACAGCAUA